AUGCCAGUGGAGAUUCCAUUUGACCAGUUUCCGGGGCUGGGAACUGAUGAAUACCCUGGGUUUCCUGCAGAUGGAUGUCCUCCUUUACCUGAUCUCUCCAGGCACUGCAGCGUGUGUGCUGACGUUUUGAAGGCCCAUCCAGAGAUCUAUGAGCAGCUGAAGGACAGCAAGACCUCAAAAGGUGUAACACUUGCAAGAUGCAUCAAGACAGGCAUUGACAAUAAGGGCCACCCUGUGCUCAAAUCAUUGGGCGCAGUCGCCGGUGAUGCGGAGUCUUAUGACAUCUUCGCGCCACUGUUUGACAGACUCAUCGAGAGAAGACAUGGCAAGGUUCCUUCAGAGAGCUCCAAGCGUGGACGCCGAACCCUCACCACUGAGUCGGCUGAGCCUUUUGGUGGCUAUGUGAUCUCUUGCAAAGUAUCCGCAUCGAGGAACAUCGAAGAAUUUCCCUUUCCACCUGCUGCAACUCGACAAGAUCGGGAAGAGGUUGAGCAGAUCAUUGUUCAAUCUGCUGCAGCCAUGGAAGGUCAGUACUAUCCACUGGCUGGUUCACGUUCAUAUCCAUCCAAGCCUGGUGGAAUGUCAAUGGACGAGGAGAAGAUGCUGGCUGACGAUCACCUCCUCUUCUACCACCCAGAUGCUCCAGCAGUGUUGAGCACGGGAGCUGGCCGCCACUGGCCCCAUGGUCGAGGUGUUUUUGUGAAUGAGCGGAGAACCCUCACUUUAUGGAUCAACGAAGAGGAACACUUGAAAGCAACCUCGCAGCAGACUGGUGGCAAUGUGCAAGCAGCGUAUGUCGAGCUGACUGACGUUUUGGCACACGUGAGCUCAAAGCUGCCUACAGGCUUUGCCCGCAGCCGGCGCUUAGGCUAUUUGACCUCCAACCCAGCCAACCUCGGAACUGCACUUCGGGUCAGUGUGCUUGUGAAGAUUCCACUGCUCAAGCACUGCAAGGCGGAGCUGCACGAGUGGUGUGCUGCUCGCAAUUUGGUGGAGAAGGGUGCCAUCAGCGAGUCUGGCGACCGAAUGGCGGAUUUGGUGGAGGUAUCCAACCGAGACAAGUUGAUGAUCUCUGAAGAGGAGACUGUCAAUCAGUUGGUUGAGGGCAUUGCACAGCUCGUGCGCACUGAACGCUUGAUGGAGCAGGGAAUUCCUGUUGCAGAGGCCUUGGCACGUGGACCGCCACCAAGGGGUGAUUUGACACCUGUGGAUCCAGAGACUGCCAGUUGGGAUGCAGCAGGAAGCACCUUGCGAGACAUCUUUUCCUCGGCAGUGGACACAUCCUGUGGACCGCCUGUGGAUAUUGCGCCUCUGGACACAAUGCAGCGAUUGGCUGGUGCUUUGAUGAUUGCAUCAGAAAUGAGCAGCCUGGAGGAUGCUGCUGCCAUACUUCAACAGGAGAAGGCUGCAGUAAAAAUUCAGGCGCUGCAGAGAGGAAGGUCUGAACGAAAAUUAGCCGAAGAGGGCAGAGGUCAAAGCAAGGCCGAGGGCAGCAGGCAAGAAGCUCAGGGAGACUCUUGGAAGCUGCGGCUGAUGCUGGCAGAGCUACUUGCUUCCGCAGCCGAAGAUGGAAGCCUCCAGAGGGCAUUGGACGAAGUAUUUGUUGAGCCAGAGAUGGCUGAUGAUGAGAAGGCAGUGCUGCGUCUGCAGUUGGAGUCUAGCUUGGACCGUGGAGGUUUGGCGAAGGCUAUUGCAGAAAGCAGCGGUGCCAAUCCGCCCCGCGUCGCAGAACAUGAUGAGGACGCGGCGACUAUCAUCGCUGAGCAAGACGGCCCUCAGUCAGUGGAAGUGGAUGACAAUGAGCCCCUGAAGCUCAGACUAGCGCAUCAGCUUCUGGCAGCAGACAUGGAGGGCUCGUUGGAUGCCAGCUUUGUUUGGUUGCGUGAUUCAUAUUUGAAAGGUCUGCGCCAAAACGCCGCAAUUGAACUGGAGGCAGCUUGCAAAGAUGGGCUGCUUGAAUCUGUGCUGUCCAGCAGGCAGGCCCAGCAAGCCGCGACGCAAGAAGCUUUGCGAAGCAAGGCAGCUGAUGCUUUGACGAUUGCGCUUCAGGAUGGUUCGUUGGAAAGCGCAUUGAGUUCCCGAGCUACCAAAGGCAAGGAGGAAAAUCAGGGCAGCGACAGCUUGGAGGCUUUGCGCUGCAAAGUUGCGUGUCGUUUGGAGUCUGCACUUAAUGAUGGUUCUCUGCAAGCAGCCUUGAGAGAUGGUCUCAACAGGCGGCAACAAACAAAAAAGCAGGACCUGGACAGAGUCCCCAGUAGCGAAACUAAGCUAUCUCAGCCUCAGCAGUCAAGUGGAGAAGAUGUGGAUGAGCUCCGCAGGAAAGCUGCUAAAUUGCUGGCUGCUUCAUGUGCCAACGGGGCAAUUGAAGCUGCGUUGUCCAGCCAAGCAGAAAAGAAACAAGAAGCCCUCAGACAUGAGGUUGCGAAACGAUUGGAGAAUGCUUGCGAAGAUGGCACUUUAGAAGCUGCCAUAAGAUCAGUGGCUGAGGCCAACGUCGAAGCAGUGCGAAAGAAAAUUGCUUUUCGUAUGGAGCAGUCAGCUUCAGAUGGCUCGUUGUCAGCAGCUCUUGCGGCAACUGGAUCUCGAAGCAUUGCUGGAGCAACGGUGGGCUCUAUGAGCGCUCAAAGUCUCGGCAACCUGGAUGAUUCGGAUGAGCUUCGAAAUAAAGUUGGCCAGCAACUUUCGGAAGCCUUCCUUGAUGGGAGUCUUGAGGCUGCUCUGGAAGCAAGCACUGAAAGUGGAAAUCAAGCCGACACAGCCACGGCUGCCACGGCUGCCACGGCCACAGGUGAUCUGGACAAUCUCAAGUCGAUACUGGCGGAUUCGCUGUCGACAGCAUUCGUGGAUGGUUCCCUGGAGGCCGCGCUUGAGGCGACCAAGGAGCCCAGAGAGAAAUGCAUCGAGCCAAUCGAGCCGUACGACUAUGAGGCAAGAGUCGCAAAGCCUGUGCGGCCGCCAUCAGCUCAAGCCAGAAGCAGUGCUGUGGCCCUUCUACAGGUCAUGUCUAGCUAUGAUCGCCGCAUUGGAAAACUCCUGGAAUGCAUCCAAGCGUCAGAGCAAGAAAUUCUCAAUCGAACGCAGCAGAUGGCAAUGCUUCAGGUUCAAGUCGAAGAGGCACAAAGUGACCUCAGAAGUUUGGACCAAGCUUGGGAGCGCCAACUGUUGGCGCUAGAACGUGAGCAGGUGCGAGAUGCACAGCUGCAGGAGGAGAAGAAAAGGCUGACAGACAGCUUGGAAGUGGAGAAGCUAAAGCAGAAACAUGCAGCAGUUGAUUUGGACGACAUUGGUUACACUUCCAGAUCAGAGCUAGCCUCACCACCUUCUCGUCAAGGUCCAUACAGCCCUGCAACCACUCCUUGGUCAUGGCGAUCACAGCCUUAG